AUGAACACCAUGUCAUCCACAAAUCCCCUCAGUGCGGGAUGCCGACGCGUAUUUGGCUCCGUCUUCUCACCCGCGUCACUCGAAGCUCGGCCACCACUCGCAUGCAGCUCCGACGAGCAGACCCCGAUCGCCUCCUUUCAUUCCACCUCAACGGUUCAAAACGAGUCCUUUGGAUCGGUUUACCAGCCGUCGAAUAACGCGUCAGACCGACAAACAUCGGACCAAGCCUGGGCUGCCGCGAAGGCCUUUCUGUGUGUACCGGACCGAGGGUUUGCGCCCAUUUACGAUUUCAGAAACACCGAUGGAAGCGAACUUUUAAAGGAAUGGAAUCGGCUCAGUCCUCCUUCAAAGGAGACUGGGGAGGCAUUGGCGUACUUGACUGCUGCGGCGCAACAUCGACAAUCGACUCAAAAGAAUCUGUUUGAUUGGUACCGCGAUGAGAUACAGAGGCAUUUCCUCAAAAACCUGCGGACCGGGCUCUUUAAACUUCUCGGCAGUUCUGAGAAGGAGGGCCUGUUAAGGACCAUUGUGGACUGUUUGCAGUUGGCCCGCCGAAUCUACUUUGCACCGAUCGUGCACUAUGUGAUGCCGCUCAUGGGAAAACCCCACCAAGGGCGCGUUUUAAUUGGAAUGCAAGCAAUCCUCCAUGCAGUCGUUACAUACUCCUUGCCUUGGGAAGACAUCUCAACCCUUCUGGCUAGCGACUUAUCACGAGAUGCGCUUGUUAUCCUAGGCAUUGAUACGCUGGUCGAGGAUUCAAGCCCAGAGAAUGCCAGUCAUGAUGAUAUGGAGGUAGAUCGACAGUACUCGGUCUCAUAUGAGGACUGGAAACAAAGCGACUCAGACACUCGUGCACAUAUAAUGACCGAGGGAGAGCCCCAGUCCGUGACUCAGGCUCGCGAUCAGCUUUUAGCCUUCUUGAAUGGCCUUCAACAGGUGGGACUAGGUGGUGAUAGGGCCCAGAAAGUGUUUGCAAGUGUAAUGAAUACAAUGUUGACCGAGUUCGUGCGCGCAGCAUACACUGGCGCGGCUUACAAUGGUCGGUGGGAGAGGCCGACGUCAGUUGCCCAACAUUUGAAACACUGGGUCGAAAACAUCUUCGCUCGGCUUGCAGUACAAGCGUUGGCUCUUAUUCGCAUGCCUCCCGUUGGUAAACCGUCGGCGGGCGAGCUGGAAGUCAGCUUUAGGGACGUGGAAAAGUGGCAGGAGAUCGCCAUUGCCCGAUUGGGUGCUCUUCGGACUAGUGAGCUUUUCGAUGUGAUUGUGGAAUGGCCUGUCAGCUCUGGUGCCAUUGAGGAUCUACGUCACUUUACGACGCAUCCCAACGCAAGAGCACAUGUCACACAGUCAUUCAUUGCCACCCUUAAUCAGCGCCUUUUACACCCUGGCGCCUCCACGGUUCAGAUUCUUCAGCUGUACAUCUCGAUCAUUCGAGCUUUCCACCUGUUGGACCCGAAAGGUGUGCUCCUUGAUCGAAUCGCUCGACCCAUUCGACGGUAUUUAAGGGAACGUGAAGAUACUGUGAGAGUGAUUGUCAGUGGCCUACUGGCAGAGCCAUCCGCCACUGCAGCCACCGAGGCAUCGUCACUGUCAUCGGGCGAUACCCUAGCAGAGCUGGCGACGGAGUUGACCAGAGCGCACCAGCUCUCCAUGAACCAAACCGAUAGCGAGCUUGAUUGGAAUGACAUGAACUGGAUGCCCGAUCCAGUUGAUGCCGCACCCGAUUAUCGAAAGGCCAAAAGCUCAGAUGUCAUUGACAGUCUUGUUAGCCUAUUCGACUCGAAAGAAACCUUCGUCAAAGAAUUGCAAACUCUUUUGGGCGAUCGUCUUUUACAGAAACGCGAGGAUUACGAUCAAGAGAUAUCGGUUCUCGAACUUCUCAAAGUGCGCUUCGGCGACUCGGCUCUACAGGCGUGCGAGGUCAUGCUUCGCGAUAUUUCUGACUCUCGUCGUGUCGAUGUCGUCGUACGUAACGACCAAGGAUUUAACAAACCUCCCUCGCGCAUGACUUCAAAACGACUUCCAAGACGGGAUAUCCCAGAGCUUCAUACCAAGAUCUUGUCCCGCUUCUUCUGGCCUGAGAUCCAAGAUCAGGAAUUCAAAGUCCCCCAAGAGAUUCUCUCCCUACAAGAGAAAUAUUCCGAGGGCUUUGAGGCUCUCAAACAGUCUCGCAAGCUGACAUGGCGUAACGGCCUCGGUCAAGUAACCGUUGAAUUAGAGUUGGGCGAUCGUUCAUUCGCGGAUGAAGUCACAACCUGGCAAGCCACAGUCAUCUAUGCCUUCCAAGACGAGUCCGACGAGCCCGUUACAAGAACCGCAGCUGAACUCGCCGAAACAUUAGAGAUGGCUGCUCCUCUUGUCCGCAGCGCUUGUCUAUUCUGGGUUAGCAAGCGUAUCCUCACAGAAGUCCAUCGCGACAGCUUCCGAGUCCUCGAAUACCUUCCCACGGACGAGGGACACGGUGCGGGAGGUGAGACUGGCUCGGUGGCCGGAGACGACGGUCAAUCUGGUGACGCAGAAAAUGCUGCUGCCGCUGCAGAAGCUGCGGCCGCCGCCGCCGCUAAAGAAACAGCUGAGGCGGCCGCUAUGGAGAAGAUGAACCUGUACUGGCAAUUCAUUGUUGGAAUGCUUACCAACCAAGGCUCUAUGCCUCUCCAGCGUAUUGUGAUGAUGUUAUCGAUUGUGGUUCCUGGAGGAUUCCCCUUUAGCCAUGAGGAGCUACGUGAGUUCUUGGCUGGGAUGGUGUCAAAGGGGAAACUGGAGAUUGUGAGUGGUGGUAGUUACAAGCUUUUGCAUUAG